AUGCAAACGCCGACGGGCUCCGUGCUUAACCGCGACUCAGUGGAUUCGUCGUUCAUUUCACAGGUGGUCUACGAAAACGAGGUGCUGAAGAUCGAGUUAGAGUCGCUGCGUGAAAAGCUGGAAAGCACCGGGCUGCUCACCCUGGACGACCUCCGAUGCGAGAAUGAAAGUCUCAAAGCCGAGGUUGCAAAGCUGCGCGUGCAGCUGACCGAGAAGGCGAACCAGCUAGACCUUCACCGCACCUCAAACGACCGUUUCUCUAACAUUAACGAGUCGUUGCAUGAACUGCUCACACAAGUCCAAAAACAGCGCACGGAGCUGGCGGAGAUGAAGGACACAACGCGCGAAAAAGAGGAGCGCAUCGAAAAUCUCACGGCUGAGCUGAAGCAGAGCGAGGAGGCGCUGAAGGAGGCAACUCAGCGGGCGAGUUUAGCAUCCGAGGAGGCGAAGAAGAGCAGCGCAGAGGCCGCGGACCGGGAACGCUUGCAGUCGCAGCUGAACCAGGCGAAAGCGGAAAUGGAGACACUGCUGCUGAAAUCAACGCAGGAGGCCACAGAGCUACAGAGUCGGCUGAGGGAGGCUGAGGAGCGGCUGCUCUCGGCGAAGGAAGACGCAGUGGCCAAGUCUGCUCUUUGGGAAAGGCAAGUAAGCUUGCAGCAGCAGGAAAUCAAGGAGUGUCGCGAGACGGAGGCCAGAGCGCAGCAGCAGCUGCGCGACCUUCAAGCCAAGAUGGAGGUGCUGAGGGCGGAAUGCUCCCAGCUGCGCGAGACGAACGCGGACCUUCUUCAGAGGGAGCAAGUAUCCGCGACCAUGGAGAGCCAGCGCAUCAACUUAAACGCGCCAGAGGUCAAGGCGCAUGUCGAGAAGAUGGUGAUGCACGCGACUGAAGGGAUGGAGCGGCGGCUGCGUGAACAGGUAGAUCAAAACACCUCCCUCAUCUCCCGCUUGGCGCUGAUGCAGCAAGAGAGCCAGGCGACAGCGAAGCCAAAGGACACGUCGAGUGAAAACAUUCAGUUGAUGAAGGAGCGGGUGAGCAUGCUCGGUUGCCAUAACGAUACCCGCACAACGAUGCAGCGCCGCAUGGCAGAGCUGCUGUCGAACGAUGAGCUGAACAAGAAGGAUAUCGAGAGGCUGCUGGAGGAGAUGCUCGACUUCCAGGAGGAGACAGUCCAGGAGAACCGCACGUUACUGCUGAUCAAGGAUAUCGAGUCAGAGGAGAGGGAGCGCAAGCUGGAGCAGGAGCUGAAGCGGGUGAAAAACGAGAACGCGUCAUUGAUGAAGCAGCUGCAGGAACUGGCCGUUGAGGGUUUCCAGCGGGAGCGCAGCAACAUGCUGAACGCGAGCGGAGGUGGCGGUACAAGUGAGCCCUCGGGGAGUGAGGCGGGCCCCUCGACUGCUCCUGGUGCACCCACCGGCGGCAUGAAGCUCUCUGCGACGCCGGAAAACGAGCGUGGCAGCUACCAGCUCCUUGGCAGCAGCCCUCCUGUGCUGAAGAUGGAAGAAGUUCGAGGGCCUGCGCACCCUGCUUCGCUAAACACUAGUUACAAUGCACUACAUCAGGAUUUCAGAACCCCGCCCGCAAUGCACCCUACCGUAAAUUAUGCCCCAGUGCCUUCGCAGCAGAUGCCUGUGUACCAGCGGCCUCCUGCUGCCUCUCCUUACCAGCAACCGCCUCAGCAAAGAGAGCCGAAACACUCACCGAGGCACUACACAGGAGACCUGUGGUCGAACACGUCGGCACGGCCGACCACAGCACCGGCGUCCAAUCCGCAGCGAGCAGCCACGACGAUGGCGGCGGGGUGCGCAGAACCGUACAGGUACCCCUCCGACACUCCUCCAAACAAGCCAGGCGCACAACCGGCUUGGGUGCCGCGUGUCUCCGGCACUGAACCGGAUCGUAGCCGGAGUAUCAGGGUGCAGUGUCCGGCAUGCACAUUUGAGCAGCAGGGCACCAACCGUCAGUGCGAAAUAUGCCAGGCGACACUGCAGCUAAACUGA